AGAAAAUUCAUUUCUGUUUGUGCAGUCAGUAAGUUCGCAGUGCCUCUUUACUUAACGAUUCAAAUAUUGUCUCAAGUUAAACUGCAAAUGAAUUCAUCAAUUGAAUUUCAGUAAUUUUUAUCGAGCGAAUCUAUUGAUAAACAUUCACUUCAACGAAAUGGAUUUGAAGAUGAAUCGAAUGCCAGACAUUUCAUUCGACAAAAACAAGAUGCAAAUCUUUCCAAAUGUUAAAUUUGAAAACAUAAAUUUAACCGCCGUUAAAAAUCUAUUUAACCAAUCACCACAUCUCAGCAUCAACACAGUAUUCUAUAACCCUUAUGAUACGUGGCGAAACCCAACAUCAACACUCCUCCACAUUGCUUUGUGUAAUAAGGAUGAAGAACUAUUCAAUUACUUAAUAGCCCAAAAAGCUGAUGUUACUAUUAACUGUUUUGCCGGUACUCCAUUACAUGAAGCUGUAAGACAGAAUAACUUUGACGUAAUUAAAAAACUAAUAGCACUCGGUGCUGAUGUGAACGUGUGUGCUGAUGGCACUGGUCAACCGCCAUUAUUCUGGGCUAUUCGUAAAAAUAAUUUUGAAAUGUCUAAAUAUCUCAUUGAACUUGGCGCUGACGUUAAUGCCAAAUGUACUCGAAAUUCAUUUUUGGCGACGCCAUUACAAGUGGCAGUUUUUCAUGGCCAUGAAUCUAUAGUUGAAUUACUAUUAGAUAACAACGCUAUUAUAGAUAUCCCGUCAGAAGAUGGGAAUACGCCUUUAUUGUUUCCUGGUUAUUGUGGGCAUAUCAAUAUGAUGGAACUUUUAGUGGCGCAUAGAGCUGAUUUUAAUAUCAGCAGAGAAAUUAAAGCUGUAAAAGGUGAACAAUUCAAUGAUUGGCGCCUUGAUUGUAAGAAAGAAUUAGAGGUUAUGAAAAAAACUAUUGUCGGUGAGAGAUAUGUCACGUAUUAUGAUGUUUUAACUAAAACUGAUGAUGAAUUGUAUAUUAAUCUAAAAUAUCCGAACUUUGAAGAAAGCGCUGAAAGAGUUAAAUUGAGUAAAAAGUUCCCAUUGUAUGGAGAAAUGAUUUGGUUCAAAUUGUAUAGAAUUAUGCGUAAGAUUCGAUCGAUGGAAAUUACUUCUUUAGAGCUGUCGAUUAGUAAACUUUGAAGUUCUGAACUGGUAUUUUAUGAAAAGUUUAGCUCGCUGCUUAAAAAAUCGGAUAGAUUCUUAUAGAUGUGCGUAUAAGGCCCUAUACUUAACUAUGGCACUUCUCAUCCCUAGUAGAAAUGAUAUCGAGUUUUUAGCCAGUAACUAGCCAGUUUAACUAGACUUAAACCAGUAACUGGCCAGUGUAAUAUCGAGUUUCUGUCAAAUAACUGGCCAGUUUUACUAGAGAUCGAGCAAAACAUGGCGGCUUCAGUGAAACUAUCAAUUUUGAAUAUUGAGGCUAUCAAGGGUUAUAAAAAAUUGUCAAAUAAAAUAAAAAUGAUGUUAAAUAAACGAUAUGACAUAAACGUUUAAUUUACAUUUAUUUAUAUUAUGAAAUAAAUAGCAUCAUUAGAUUAAUAGAAUAACAACAAUAAAUCUGACAAUAACGUAAUUAUUUGAUUUUAUCGCCCACAGCCGAAUUCAAUUAUUGUGUCAACUUUUUUUACCGCAUCCAUUUUGUAAUAUAUUUUGUAAAAUCACGAAGCCUAGAUAGAAGGAGAACGAUCGCUAUAGGUUUCCUCGCCGUAUAUGUGUCCUAAAAAAUGAGGCAAUAUCGGGUACAAUAAUUCUCCACAAGGGCGGCGGUACUGUUCGGGAGUUCAGAUUUUUGUAUAUGUGUUUUUGUACUCACAAGUAGUGUUGUUUAAUAUUUAUUCUGUUAUUAGUUAUAAAUAAAAGUGAGAUAUGGUUAAAUAUUGCACUGUGGUGAGUUGUACGAAUAGCAAAAACAAUAAAAAAGUAAAAAAAGAAUUACAACUACAGAAAAAUUCUAUGUUUACAGUACCUAAAGAUCCUGAGAUUGUCCGAAAUUGGAGUCAAAUAUUAGAACAAGAUUUAGUUUUUAGUUCAUUCAUUUGUGAUAAGCAUUUUGAUGAGGAAUAUAUUUUAAGAAAAGAUGUGAUAAAUAUCCCUGGUCAAGAACCGUACGUAUCAGAGAGGAAAAAAAUAACUCUCAAACCUGGUGCCAUUCCUACAUUAUAUAAAAAUAUCAACGAGACGUCACCUUUAAUUAAUGUGCCAGUUGAUGAAACUGUAAAUGUGAGAGCUGCUGUCAAAAUUUUAUUAAUUUAAAUUUCAAAUAACUACUAUCAUGUAA